GCAGAUUCUAACGUUCUCAUUUCCAGUAAAUUUACCAGAAAAAUCAGAGACAUCCAAUUUUAUCUACUCUACAAAAAGAUCAAAGAUUCUCCCCCUAAUGAAAAGGUUAAAGCCUGAAACAUGAAAAAUGUUUUAAGUUCACUCAUUUCCAAAAAAUAAAAUAAAAUCUGAGGUAAAUAGAGCAAUAUUUAAAUUUAUUUAUUUUGUCGCCCUAUUUUUUUUAAUCAUUUUUAAUUACAGGAGAUUUGCACCUCUUCGAAAUAAAUAGUUAAAGAGUACAGUAAGCAGAGCCCUUCUUCAUCUUCAUCCAAAUAACAAACAGAGCAGAAGGAACAAAAAAUAAGGAUAUACUCUAUGAAGUCGGAAAUUGGGGAAAUUGUGUAAAAUUGAAUAAAGAACAAAUUCAGACAAUAAAAGUUCGUUUUUUUUUUUUUUUGCUUGUAGAAUGCAAGAACUUCAUCACAACAACCAGAACUUACCCCACGGGAGUGCCGCCGGUUUCGGCGCCGUCAACGGCGGUGGGCCUCCGAAAAGAUUCAAUGUUAAAGCUUUCGCAGCCCCACUUAGUGUCCCGCCCGGACACGUAUGCUUCAGGCUGCUCUGCCACGCUUCUCGGGUCGGUGGCAUAAUCGGGAAGUCGGGCUCCAUUAUCCGGCAGCUGCAGCUAGAAACUUCCGCUAAGAUCCGAGUGGAAGAUUCGUUUCCCAACUCGGAUGAUCACCGGGUCAUCGUCAUCGUUGGCAGGGCUGUAGUUAACAAGAAACUUAAUCUCAAUGUCGCUAAUAGAGCAGCCGGAGAAGAAGAAGCGGCGGCGGCGGCCGCGGCGGAGAUGAGUAACGGAAGCUUUAAUGGUGUUAUUGAUGCUGAGAAUGAGGUUAUGGCAUCGGCUGCGCAAGAGGCGGUGUUGAGGGUUUUUGAGAGGGUUAUUGAAGUAGCGGCGGAGAGUGAUGGGCUAGUGAUUGCCGGUGGUGGGGGUUUGGUUUCCUGUAGGCUAUUGGUUGAGAAGAGUCGAGUGGGAUCAGUGAUUGGCAAAGGCGGGAAAGUGAUUGAGAAUAUUAAGAAGGAUACUGGUUGCAGAAUCAAAGUUUUGGCUUCCGAGAAAUUGUCUACUGAUGAAAUGGUAGAGAUUGAAGGUGAUAUUAUUCAAGUUAAGAAGGCACUUAUUGCAGUAAGCCGCUGCCUGCAAGACUGUAUACCAUCCGAUUUGCAUAAAGCAAGGAUGAUGCCUGGCAAACCAGUUGAAGCCUUCCCUCUGGAGACUUCACCCGGUUUACUUGUGGAUCUACCUACACAAGGAGUUCCAGUUCCUCAAGCUACAGAAACUAGCUCAACCAGUUAUUCCUCUAGGGACUAUCCGAUGCAUAUGGAGAGUAACAGGGUUCCAGUGAGGGUGUCAGAUGCACCUCAGCAUGAAGUUGUUUUUAGGAUUCUUUGUUUGAAUGAUAGAGUAGGGACUGUGAUUGGUAUUGGAGGUUCAAUUGUACGUGCUCUUCAAGCAGAGUCAAAUGCAAUAAUUAGCGUUGGGCCAACUAUUCCUGACUGUGAAGAAAGAUUGAUAACUGUUACAGCGAUGGAGAACCAAGAAGCUCGACAAUCUCCUGCCCAAAAUGCUAUCAAACUUAUUUCUGGUCGUAUUAUGGAUUCUGGUUUGCAAAGGAGGCUAGAUUCAGGAACAGAGGCUCCACCUGUUUGUGCAAGACUGGUCGUACAUACGAACCAAGUUGGUUGUUUGUUGGGGAAGGGAGGCACUAUAGUUUCGGAGAUGAGGAAGGCCACUGGUGCAGCCAUAAGGAUUUUGGGGGGUGAUCAAGUCCCCAGAUGUGCUUCCCAGAAUGAUGAAGUGGUACAGAUUAUGGGUGAGUUUGCAAAUGUACAAGAUGCAUUGUAUCACGUCACUGGCAGGCUUCGCAAUAAUCUCUUCGUAACUAAGAUGCAGAAUGGUGCUGGAACUGGGCCUUUUGGAAGAGGAAGGGACCAGUCCCUGCCUGGAUUCCUUCCACCUGUCAAUGUGUCUGACAAUCUCAAUCAACAGAAUACCUUGACAAGAAGUAUGAAUACUCUUUCUCUUUCCGAAAAUGUGAAUCAGACUCCAUCUUUGGGGCCACGGACAUCACAGGCUGCUUCAGGAAUAGAACAAAGGAAUCUUAUUGAUGGCAGAGGUUUGACUUCGCCUAAAGUUGGCGUGGAACUUGGCAGCGGGAGCAGAUCUGCCAUUGUGACCAAUACUACUGUAGAGAUUGUUGUACCCGAAAAUGUAAUAGAUGCAGUUUAUGGAGAUAAUGGUGGCAAUUUGGUUCGUUUAAGACAGGUGAGUUACUUUCCCACUGUUCUCUUUUGUUAAUAUAUGAACAAAAUGAUGGUUAUUGCUCUUUGCAAAGAUCAAUGUUAGUGCUUCUUCCUUAGAUUUCAGGCGCCAAGGUUAUAGUACACGAGCCGCGCGCUGGAACAACUGACCGGAUAGUUGUCAUAUCUGGUUCUCCUGAUGAAACACAAGCAGCACAGAGCCUCCUACAUGCGUUCAUACUCACAGGGUCCUCAUGACAACGCAUCAAAGAAAUUUUGUUGGAGUUAAAAGUGCAACAGCAUGCCCAUUGACAAUCCUUUUGCUCUGGCUUGGGACUUGGGAGAGGAAAUAAAAGGCCUGAUUAUUUAACCCAAGUCCACUGCUAACAUUAUAUUUUCUUUGGAAAUGGUUUCUAACAUUAUAUAUUUUGGGUAGUUAUUCGCAACAGAUAUACUCAGAGUAGUAGGCAGUGAUUAGCUUAAUCAGCUCAGUUGAUUUUCUGUUUUAGGAAUUUGAUUAUUAUACCAAUGAUACAACCCCUCCUAGACAUGAUAACUGGGCUGUCUUCAUAGGUCUAGCUAUACAUAGACAAUAUUUUGUACUUGAAACUCCCAUCUUGUAUACAUUAUAACUGCUGCAGCAUGAAGUUAUGCUUAAAAAAGGAUAUUUUGUUUUUGAAGCUGUUCUCUUGUGGUUUGGACUUAGGAGGUUGAAAAUGGCUGGUGGAGGAAAAAAAAUCCCUUUUAUCAUCAUACACAUUGUACACUUGCCUGGCAAGCCUUUGUACUGCAGUUGUGAAUGCAAAAUGUAUGGAGUAUUGAAAACUCCCAGAGAGUGGCAGAUGAAUAAUCAUUUUACAAGUGAACAAGAAGAAACACACAAUGCUGCCCUGCAGUUCAUAGUAUGACACUCCAUAUAGGAAGAGUGAUACAGAUUGUAGAUUGCAGAAUAGCAGCAUAUCAACUCUUCACUGCUGCAGCUUCAGCUGAUGAUGUUGUUGCUGGGUUAGGUUUGAGAAUGAUUUCCACAUUGUCAUGAACUCCUUGAAGCAGAAGCUCGCCAUCAUACGUCAAGAGCUUGCGCUUCUUUGCAGCUCUCAAUGUUCCAACAAGUGCUUCGAAGAUGUUUGCACAUCGAUCGUCAUUAAACAGAACGCCAAAAGUGACCUUCAAGAGUAAAAAAAGGUGGGGAAAAAAAAAAAAAAAAAACCCUUCAUUUCAAGCAAUCCCAUGGAGACAAAAGGAUUAAAUACCAAAUUGAUCAUAAAUUGGCUCCUUAAGAACCAUUUCCUAGUAUUGGAACAGCAUUGAAACAUUAUUUGGAAGCCCAUAAAACAAUCUGGUUUGCAUUCCAUCUCAAACACUAAACAGAGCAAGUAAUUACAGAAGAACAGAGAAUGAACCGAAACUGUAUGACAGUAGCAUCUAACCGACAUUAGACUAUGUCUAUAUGGUACAUUUACAAAAUCAGAUCAAGCAAAAAAGUACAGAUCCCCAACAGAAAGCAUGUCCAAGGACAGAUCUUUGCAAGGUUUAUGCUAAAAAGGGAAGGAUUAUUGCCAAAAAUAAAAAAAGAGAGAGAGUGAAUCUGGGGAUUAUAUUUAUACCUUAUAAGAACCAUCAUCCUGGGGUUUGCCCAAUCUUUUGAUCUCUUCUUUGAGCUUCUCAACUUCUUCUUCAACGUUCAUUGUCUCCUUCUCUUUUUUUCUCUUUUUCUUUCAGCUGAAUCUACCUAAUGCUUUUGAUAUUAUUCUUUACCUAGU